UGUCACUUCAUUUACGAAUGACUCACACGUUGACGCCUUUCCAAUACUACAGCCAUAAGUAUUGAAUGAAUAAUUUUUUUUGUCUACGAUUUUCUGCAUUUAAUUAUUUUUUGGGCAUUCAAUCGAUCGGACGAUUCAUUCAUACAAUUCAUUCAUUUUGUUAAUUAUUGACACAUCCUUUUAGCCGACAAUCCGAUCACCACUUGUGAGGAGACAGACAAUGGGCGACAGCGACGACGACUUUGACCGCUCGACCAGAGGUCGCGAUAAGUUUCGCCGCGAGAGGAAUGACUACAACGACCGCAACUCCGGCGGCAAUCGACGGGACGACUGGUCUGACCGGCGUGAGAGCGGAGGGAACAGCUCUUGGAAUAACCAGAACAGAGACCGCAUUCCUCAGCGCCGAGACAACUAUCGGAACGACAACUACUCGAUGGGCGGCGGAGGACCGGGUGGUGGCGGUAAUCAGCGCCGCGAUCGGUACAGUCCGGCCGAUAGGAGUGAUAUGAGUCCGCCAAUGAAGCGGCAGAGAGGGGGUCGUGAUUGGGACGAUCGGUCUCCGUAUCCGAACUACGAGAUGGGCGGUUACGGACACCACAACAAUAACUGGACUCAAAUGGAUAACAGCGGUCCCAACUCUCAGAACCAGAAUCAGCACAGGGAGGCGGACACGGGUCCCACUCAGCCACCAAUGAUGACAUUCAAGCAGUUUUUAGGCACACAGGGCGACGACAUUGACGAUCAGAUUGCCGUUAAGAAGUAUAGCGAUUAUAAGUUGGAUUUUAAGAGAAAACAAAUUAUCGAGUUUUUUAACGCACAUAAGGACGAGGAAUGGUUUCGAUCUAAAUAUCAUCCCGAAGAGUAUGACAAACGAAAGACCGAACAAACCAAAGCAUUCAAGACUCGGCUCGAAGUGUUUACCGAUUUGUAUACAAACAAUUGGAUCGAUUCCGUGAGCAUUGAUGUGGAGAAAGCCAAUCAAAUCAUACGCUUAUUGGACGCGGCGGUCAUCAAACUCGAGGGCGGAAAUGAUUUCGAUUUGAAGGCUUUGGACGAGAAUUUUGAAGAAGAGAAGGCAAUAGAACCCGAUUUGUCGUUGUUUUCAGUCGAUGUGGAAAAGCCUCCGAAACCUGCGGUCGAUAAGAGUGAACGCGAGGCCGGAGAAGAGUCCGACAGCGAAGACCUCAAUCACAAGAACAAUGAAAAUACGGAAAACAACGACCAAAAAGACGGCGAAGAGGAGGACAACAAAGAAGAGGUCGAAAAGGACACCAACGAAGUCGAGCGAAACGACAAACCAGAGACCGUAGACUCGAUCGCCAGUAUGGAAGAGGGAGAGGCCUCUAUGGAUGCCAACAGUGAGACUAAAGAGACCAUCGAUGACGACACUCAAGACGAGAGCGUCAAAGUGAAGAGCGAGGAGAAGGUAGAGUCGCCGGUGAAAACCAAUUCACAAAAAACAGUCGACGAUUCUGAAAAGCCGCGCGCACUCCACAAAACGCUGUCCAUAUUUAUGCGAAAUCUGGCGCCGACUAUAACCAAACAAGAGAUCGAAGAUUUGUGUCGACGAUAUCCCGGUUUUCUUCGCCUCUGUAUCGCUGACCCGACAUCCGAGCGAAGGUUUUUCAGGAGAGGUUGGGUUACAUACGACCGAUCGGUUAAUAUUCGAGAGAUUUGUUGGUCUUUUAAUAGCGUGAAACUAAGAGACACCGAACUGAACGUUAUAGUGAACCGGGAUUUGAGUCGACGAAUCCGUUCUGUCAAUGGAAUCGCUUCGCAUAAGAAUGUCGUUCGCGCGGACAUUAGACACGCGGCGAAGAUUGUACUCAAUUUAGACAAACAGAAAAAACUGUGGGAAGAAGAGAAUAAUGACACUAAAGAGGCGAACGAUGUUAAGCCUAUGUUUGGUUUUGCCUCAAAGAAUCCCUUACUUAAGAAUAUAACCGAUUAUCUGAUCGAAGAGGCGUCGGCUGAAGAGGAGGAGCUGUUGGGCGGCGAUCCCGGAGAACUGAACGAACGCGACGACGGAGAGAACGGCGGAACACUCGAUAGAGACGAGAGUUUGAUUAAAGUGUUGGAUCGACUGCUGCUAUACUUACGAAUUGUUCAUUCAAUCGAUUACUACAAUCACUCGGAUUAUCCCAACGAAGACGAAAUGCCGAAUCGCAUCGGAAUAAUGCACGCCAGAGGUAUGGCCUCCACUUCCAGCCGUCCCUCACACGCAGAUAUCAAUGAAUACAUUAAGAGUUUCGAGACAAAGAUACAGCCCUUCCUUCAGCCGCCGACUGUCGUCACCGAAGAAGAGGCCGCAAAACUUGGCCUCAAAGACACCGAAGAAGAGGCCGAGGUUUUCAUAAAAGCCAAUACACAAGAGUUAGGGAAAGACAAAUGGCUGUGUCCUCUGUCUGGCAAGAAAUUCAAAGGACCAGACUUUGUGCGAAAACACAUAUUGAAUAAACACGUGGAGCGCAUCGAUGAGGCCAAACAGAACGCCGUUUAUCUCAAUAACUAUAUCUUUGACCCGAAGAGACCACAACUUCCGGAACAUCCCUCCAAUCGGCCGCAGGUUAACCCUUCCAAUCGCGCCGACGCCUCUAAUAUGGCAAUGGCUGCCGGUAUGGCUCCGGGUUAUGGUAUGCCUCACGGCCCCGGACCCUAUCCCGGUCCGCCUCCCUAUAUGGCUGGUGGCUAUGGGCCGAGAGGGCCUCCGGUUGGUUUCGGUGGACCGAUGAUGGGCUACGGCAGAGGUUACCCACCGAUGGGAAUGGGACCGAUGCACGACGGAUACGGUAGGGGACCGAUGGGUCACCAAAAGCCACGAUUCACGCGAAAGAGAAUCAAUUAUCGAGAUCUCGACGCACCGAACGACGAUCAAGACAUCAAUAACUAAAUUCACUAAACAAUCAAAUCUCUUA